GGGAAUCAAAAGAUACAACAAAGGAACCCCAAAACCCCAAACUAAGAUCUCCCCAAGCCACAAAGAACUUGUGGCUCACAAUUCCCGCCCUUUGCUGACGAGGAUUUGCCUACACCUUCCCUCCUCUCUCUCCAUCUCUCUCUCUUUCUCUGUGUGUAAAAUCAAAAAGAACCCAUUCUUUAUGUUUCAGAAGAAGAACCAACUUGAAGUCCCCCUGAACGGAAAAAGAAACAGAGAGAAAGUUUGAAAAAGAAAAAGACUUUUUGUAUAGAGAGAUAGGAUCAGAAGAAUGUCAGAAGUGAAAGAUUCGGCGAUUAAGCUGUUUGGGAAGACAAUUCAAUUGUCGCCUGAAGAGGGUGUUUCGUGCGCUGUCACCACAACGAAGGUUGAUUCUGAUCAUCAUGAUCAACACUCUUCCAACGCAAACACUUCACUUGUCAAUAAGAAACCUUCAGGAGAAGAACUCCUUGAGACUGAAGAGGAUGAUGACAGCUCCCAUCAAGUUGGAGAGGUGUUGAUAGCUACGGCAACAUCAUCGGGGAUUACUGAGGACCCUAAAACACCCAGUGAUGACAGAGAAAAUUUGAAACCAAAAGCAACCAAGGAGGAAGACUCGAAUGAAACAAAUGACUCACAAGAAAAGACUCUAAAGAAGCCUGACAAGAUAAUUCCAUGUCCAAGAUGCAAUAGCAUGGACACAAAAUUCUGCUACUACAACAAUUAUAAUGUUAACCAGCCUCGACAUUUCUGCAAAAACUGUCAGAGAUACUGGACUGCUGGUGGAACGAUGAGAAAUGUGCCAGUUGGUUCUGGUCGUCGUAAGAACAAAAGCGCUGCUGCUUCACAUUACUGUCAGAUAAUAGUUUCAGAAGCUCUACAAGCAGCUCAAGCUGAUCCUGCAAAUGGGAUUCACCAUCCGACUUUGAAGCCCAAUGGCACAGUUCUUACCUUUGGCUCAGAUGCACCACUUUGUAAAUCCAUGGUAUCUGUACUGAACCUUGCAGAGAAAUCACAGAAUCAUGUUGGAAAUGGGUUUCAUGGACCUGAACAAAGUAUUCCAGAUUCUUGUGGAGGGGGAGAAAAUGGGGAUGAUCAGUCAGGUGGGUCUUCUAGCUCAGCUUCAAAUUUAACAGAGAAGGGAAGCAAUGCUGGUCUACAAGAUUCAAUGAUAAAGAAUUUUCAGGUUUUUCCAUCCCCAGUACAAUGCAUCCCUGGGCCUCCUUGGCAUUUUCCAGGGAACUCAGGUCAGUGGAGGUCUCCAAUGCCUCCACCUGCUUUUGGUCCUUCUGGCUUUCCUGUAUCAUUUUACCCAGCGCCAACCUAUUGGGGUUCUACUGUGUCAAGCCCUUGGAACAUGCCAUGGGUAUCACCUCCACCUUCUUCUCCUGAUCACUCUGGGUUGAGCUCCAGGCCUAAUUCUCCAACCUUGGGGAAACAUUCUAGGGACGGAAACAUGCUUAAACUGUCAAAUCUAGAGAAAGAUAAUCCCUUGCAAGACAAAAAUACAGAGGGAUUUGUUUGGAUACCGAAGACUUUGAGGAUUGAUGAUCCAAGCAAAGCUGCAAAAAGUUCCAUUUGGUCAACACUUGGAAUAAAGAAUGAGAAGACUAGUUCGAUUAAUGGGGGUAGUCUUUUUAAGGCCUUUCAACCAAAGGGUAAGAGAAAAAAUCACAUUGACAAAACAUCUCUGGUGCUGCAAGCCAACCCUGCAGCUUUGUCCCGGUCACUCAACUUCCACGAGAGCACUUAAAGAGAACCGGAAUUUCAUCCCAACUUUUCUAGGAUUGUAGCUGCUCUGAAGAGGACUUUAUAUCUUAUGAACUUAGAUGCUUAAAAAAUUGUGGCUCUUUUCUUGGCAGUAAGACCUUACUGGUUAUGACUUGCUAACCUCAAUGCAGGAAUUAACCCAAGAAACAACCCCAAACGGAGGAAGACUGGAUAGAACUCUUUGCUGGAGAGUGGAACUGCCUCUAAUGGUCUCAAUUAGUUGGUCCUUUUUACUUUCUUGUACAUUGUAAGUAGUCGUCUAUGUGAUAAUUAAGCUUCCACGGUUUGCCAGUAAGUGUUUAUUGUACAUAUCUAUAACAGUACAGAGAGUUGUAGAAACAAAUAGAUUCUUGGAUGUACCAAAGACAAAUGUUGUCGAAUAAUCUGAGAAUCCAAAUCUCGAAUUUCCUUUCAAUUUCUUGAAUUGUUUUGAUUCCUAGUGAUGAAUUUUGAACCGCUAACUCCUCUCAAAUGCUU